UUAUAUCUAACUUCAAUAAUCAAAUACGACUACAAAAAGGAGGCUUGAUCAUUAUGCUUAUGUUUAUGUGGAUUCCUAUACUUGGCCAUUGUUCCAGUCACUAAACAUGAAAAGCUCCAUUAUUUAAACUACCCACCGACCUGAUAGCGCUUAUCAAAUUUCAUCUAUGUGCAAAUAUGAAACAACCAUUAUUUUCUUUCCACUCACUCUUACAUCUUCCAUGUCUCCAAUAAUCCAAUACGACCUCUAUUGCUUUACAUCGGAAGAUGUUCUUGCCACUGAGUUUGUUGAUAAUCGUGAUAGUUCUGUGUGGUUACCAAAGCACCAGAAAGCCCAAAAACUUCCCUCUUGGCCCCCGUUGGUGGCCAUUUCUCGGCAGCGCACCACAGGUUCAGUACCUCCGCAAGAAAACCGGUCAUCUGCUCUUGGCGACUUCAAAGCUAGCUCGCCAGUAUGGACCUGUCAUCGGCCUGAAAGUUGGUGGAGAGCAAAUCGUUGUCGUUCACGGAGCCAAGGCCUUGAGAGAAUUUCUUGGGAAUGAAGACUUGAGUGGAAGACCUAACAGCAAGCCUGACACAUAUCGAUCAUGGGGGAAAAGAUUAGGAAUCAUAAUGACAGAUGGAGAAUUCUGGUUCGAACAGCGUCGCUUCCUAGUGCGCCACCUCCGCGAGAUUGGCUUCGGCACCAACGAUAUGUCCACGCUGCUGGAAGAUGAGUCCCAGGAGCUGGUCAAAUACCUUCUGAAGGAGACCAAUGGCGGGGAAGGUACCCUCGGCAUGCCCUCGUUGUUCAGCAUUCCUAUUUUAAACGCCCUGUGGAGAAUGCUUGUGGGUGUAAGAUAUACCCCUGAUGAUCCAAAACUGGCGAAGUUACAUGGAAUUCUGGCGGAUAUGUUCAAACAUUUGUCCUUAGUCGGAAGGCCGUUUGUGGCUUUUCCGAUUUUGCGGUACUUGGCACCAGAAGCAUCAGGAUACAACAUCUACAUGGAAGUCUACAGACGCCUCAUUGACUUCAUAUACGAAGCCAUAGAUGACCAUAAACGGAUGCAUGACCCAGACUGCCCGCGCGACGUUAUGGAUUUCUACUUAUCCAUGAUCAACCGCAACUCCAAACUUCAGAAUUCCACCUUUUCUGAGCAACAGUUGGUCAUUAUUUGCAUUGAUAUGUUCAUCGCUGGUUCGGAGACCACUAGUAAUACUUUGGGUUUCUGUUUCCUGUAUUUGGUGUUGUAUCCGGAGGUUCAAAGGAAGGCCCAAGAGGAGAUCGAUAGAGCUUUGGGAAGAGAACGGGCACCUAUGCUCAGCGACAGACAAAGGCUUCCAUACAUUGAGUGCAUCGUAUGGGAAUCGUUGAGGAUGUUCGUUGGCCGAGCAUUUACACUUCCACACAGAGCAAUCAGAGACACAAGAUUGUGCGGGUAUUUUCUACCAAAGAAUGUCAAAGUUGUCGGCUGCCUCUACGACAGCUGUCUGAGCGAAGAUUGUGACAUGGAAGACCCAUUGGCCUUCAAACCAGAACGGUACCUUAAAAACGGACAGGUCGUGAUUCCAGAAAAUAUCAUACCGUUUGGAUUGGGUAAACGUAGGUGUAUAGGGGAAGCACUGGCAAGAGGCAACCUUUUCCUCUUCAUCGCAGCUCUUCUGCAGAGGUUCAACUUCAGCCAAAUGCCAAACGAAAGUCCUCCGUCCACGGACUGGGAAGACGGGUUCACGCCUAGACCGAAGGAUUUCCAAGUGGUUGUGAGCGAAAGAUAAUAAUAAUGAUAAGUAAUAAUGUUUAUUUGCAGCAUUCAGUUAGGUAAAAAUAAUGGCAAAACACAUUUAAAUGAGAUAUGUUACAAAAAAGGGCUGAAGGCAUUUAAAAAUGAUACAAGUUCAGCCCUGUAUCUAUUACACAUUUAUAUAUAAAAAAAGAAGGAUCUUCAUUAGAAAGCCCCGAAAAAUAAAUGUGAGUUAUAGUAGAACAAAAAUUUUUUUCCAUUAGUUUGGCCGCUUGUGCCUCAUUAACAUUUAUGUGCAGUGAAAUGUUUGUCAAAAAUAAAUUUCUUAUGUUUGAUUUUAAACUGGUUUGGAUGCGGAAUUUUCAAGUCAUUGGGAAUUUGAU